GGGGGGCACAAGCUAUAUUUUUACCUUUAUUCUUUAUUAAUAUAGAGGAGGACAAUGAAAAGAAAAACACGUUCGUACGUAGGUCUACGUUUAUUAAAGAUACCGACGUGCCCAUAUCCGCAUGUUUUAUAAUGUGAAUAGGUACACGGUAAUAUCCAAGCCUGUAACUAAAUGCGGUUAUAAGUAUACUAUCUAGGAGCAGCGUCGAUAGGUUUACCUUUGUAAUGUACAUCCUGAAAACGAUAGCUUUUGGACUGGUGUGUUGGGCGUUUACAUUCGUGUUUGACAAUGUCUGGUUAUUUUCCUCAUGUUUACCAAACCCCAUGGUUCAUGUUUCAAGACCAAAAGUAAUUGGAUUUCUUGCCUUAGAGGUCAGAGGUCAUGACAUGCUGUAUUCAUGGUCAGACUUUCAGUGGCGAUCAUGGCUGAACAAGGAUCUCAGGAUGGCAGCUUAGGUCGGGCUGUGUUCCCGAGCAUGGGAGACAGCUGUUCGUCUGGGGAGGAGUAUGUAUACCAGGAGCGGGCCGAGGGAUUCGACUACGAGUUUGUGCCGAUGCCAGAUUCCAAGUACGAGUGUGCCAUCUGUCUGCUCAUUCUGCGAGACCCGCAGCAGACAAAGUGUGGACAUAGGUUCUGUCAGCACUGCAUUAUUAAGUGGUUUAGGGAGUCUGAGCGACGUUGUCCCGUGGACAAUGAGCCCCUGGAGGAGACUGAUUUGUUCCCAGACAAUUUCGCUAAACGAGAAAUCCUCAACUUCAAGUUGCGCUGUCCCAACAACAAACAAGGCUGUGAUGUGUUAGUCGUUCUAAGAGACAUUCAGGUAAAAUGUUCUUAUCCCAACAACAAACAAGGCUGUGAUGUGUUAGUCGUUCUAAGAGACAUUCAGUCUCACCUAAAUCAGUGUCCAUUUGCUUUCAUCCCCUGCCCGAACCGAUGUGCGGACAUUCUGCUGCGGCGAGAUCUGCCAAACCACGUACAGUUCAAGUGUGUCCGGCGACACGUCGAGUGUCCCAACUGUCUGCAGACCAUCACUGCUGAUGGGAUUGAGAAUCACCAGGUGAAUUGUCCGAUGGUCAAAAUGACUUGUCGACACUGUGGAGUAACCCUUCAGAGACAUCAGAUGAGUCCGCAUUAUGAUGAAUGUCCUAAAGUUAUAGUGAAUUGUGACUUCUCGUACCUGGGAUGUCCAGCACAGGUUGAACGCUGCAGCAAGGACCAGCACCUGGACGCCGCCACUCAAACCCACAUGCAGAUGUUGUGUAACGGCGUUGUGACCAUCCUCCGCAAACUUGGCAUCAACCAGCUUCCUACCGAAGUGCAGCAGCCAUCAACUGGACACAUGAUGCCAACUGAAAUCUCCAGCUCACUCUCCUUCAUGAGCGGUGCCCUCCAGAGCCUGAACCAGCAGGAUCCUCAAUUGUUCAACCCUCUAAACACAGCAGCAGCAGUUCAGGGCGGUGCGAACAUCUCUUCCGUUCAGAUGUUCAACCCUCCGUCAGCAGGAGUAGCCCAGGGCAGUGGAAACAUUUCGCCCAUUCAGUCGGUGGGAGUAACAACUCACAGCAGCCUGGUGUCCAGCAUCCGGAAGGAGGACGUCCAGAUGACGCAGGAGCUGAGUUUCCUGAAGCAUCACUCGGAAGGGGAUCGGGAGGAUGAGAACAAAGGAGAGGUGAGCUUGGUAGGGCCUCCUCCUUACAGGCCGUUCUCCAGCCUCAACCUCGACAUGCUGAGCAAGCAGCAGACGAGUCUGAUGAAGCACGAGAAGAGUCUAACAGAACUGCAGGAGGGCAAGAAGGUGCUGGAGAAUGUCAACAAGGAACUGUCGUGGAAGGUUCAGCGACUGGAAAAUACACUGCGGGACGUCGAGGGCCGAUCCUGCAACGGGAACUACUUCUGGAGGAUCAAGAACUACUACAGACUGAGGAAGGAGGCGGAGGAAGGGGAGUCCACCGCUCUCCACAGUCCGUCGUUCUAUUCCAGCUUCUUCGGGUACAAGCUGUGCAUUCGCGUCAACCUCAACGGGGUGGACUCCGCCAGGGGCAGCUACCUGUCGGUGUUCAUCCACUUCAUGCAGGGCGAGUUUGACGACAUGCUGGAUUGGCCGUUUUCCGGUCGGAUAAUUCUGUCGGUGGUCGACCAGAACACUCCGUGCGAAGUGCGGAACCAUGUGUCGGAAACACUGAUCGCGAAACCCCAACUAGCUGCAUUCCAGCGACCGGUGACCACGCGCAAUCACAAGGGCUUCGGUUACAUGGAGUUUUUGCCUCUCGCUCUGAUGGACAACUCUUCGUUUGUUCGAAAUGAUACGUUAAUAAUCAGAGCUCAGGUUAUCCCAUCUGGAUGAGAAACAAAGUGCAUUUGAACCUCAAUGUUACCUGGCCUUUAGCAGGUCAAUUUCCAUGUGGCCUCGCUGUUAGUAGGUCAAUUUCCACAUGACCCAGCCUUUAGUAGGUCAAGUUCCAUGUUACCUGGCCUUUAAUAGGUCAAUUUCCAUGUUAUCUGGCCUUUUUCAGGUCAAUUUCCAUGUGACCCAGCCUUUAGUAGGUCAAUUUCUGUGUGAGUUGGCCUUUACAGUAACACUAAUUAAAACUGAACUAAUCUUACCCCAUGUAUGUAUGGGUUUUUUCCUAUUACACCUAAAGGUCAGGGGUCGUAUGUUAGUCAGGGAUAUAGAUUUCUUUAAUUUGGGUGCAACAAGUUGGGUUUUUUUGUCUCUUCCGAAGACAAUGAGGUCUUUUUUGACACAGUAAUGUUAUCAACAGUUGCUGAGAGUUGUUAAUAUUCAGAACUAUAUUUGAAGUUAUUUUAAUCCAAUUAAACCUUAAUAUUCAGUGGCUUUGAGGUCAGCAUGUUAAACUUUUAUCAUCUUGUCUUGGUGCAAUCAAAAGCCCUGUUAGUCCAGUUAUUAUUACAGAGAGAUGGUUUAGCUGUGUGCUCCUUGAUAGAGAUGAAUGUGACAGUAGUGGACGGUGACACCAAAAUUGUAAUAUCCUAUACCAAAGACUGAAAGAAGAGUUCUAUAAUUCUGCUUAGUUAACAAUUAUGUUUAUAUGUAAUAUGUAGAUUUUUUUUUUUAAUUUUGCAAGAUGCAGUCAAAGCUAAGAAAUGAGAAGCUUGUGUUUAUGCAUUUAAAGUGAUCUUAGCACUAAGGUCGCUUUGUAAAACUGAGUCUAGGUUAGUUUAUAUUAUAUUGGAUGAUUUGGGAGAAUACAAAUGUGGCCUCUAAACUCAGUUGGCAUCUUUAUACAGGUAGCUGCUAGACCAAGUUUGACUGUACCUCAUCGAAAUUUAGUCAACUGUGCAAACCAGCAUUUGUGGAAUUGGGAUUUUGGUGUAAAAUUAUAAGAUUUCAAAGUGCCAACAGUAGGUUGGAAGAUGUUUGUGUAAUCCUGGUAUCACGUGGAUGUGUGUGGAAAAUCAGAAACACUUCGGCUGAUCACGGACAUCAACGUUUGGUUGUCUUCUUAUAAGAUGCUAAAAUGUUUGCUUAUGGAAUGCUGGACUAAUUUGGUUCAAACAAUUUUUACUUUUUUACUUUACUUUAAGUGUAAGAGUGUAUGAAGGCCUUUCCCUACAUUUUUGCAAAUACAAAUGUUUUAGAUUCAGACAAGAUGACAAAAUAUAAUGUAAUAGUUAAUUGAUAUUUAUAAAUUGUUAAUGGGGAAUAAAUGAAGACAGAUGAAGUAAAGAAAAGAAAAGAGAGAGAGAGAGAGAGAGAGAGAGAAAUUUGUAAGUGAUUGUAGAAUCAGAAAUAAUUUUCAUGACUUUAUAUUUUGUAAAGAGAUGUUGUUUCAAGCAAGAAACAACGGUUUAGACACAAAUUCCACAGUGUGUUUGAAUGUGACUGAGUACCAAAUACAGGUCUGUUUUCUGAUAUCCAGGAGUAAUGCUGUGUUUGGGUGUGAUCAGAAAUAGUUCUUUUAAAGUUAUUGAUUCUUUGAGUACAUGUUUGCAUUUGUGUGGAUUUGUAAUAAAUUGGGUUCCGGUUCUGUCAAAAUAAUCAGCAGCAAUGUAUGUAACUGACAAAUGUAGCUGAUUGUAUGUAACUGACAAAUGUAGCUCAUUGUAUAUAACUGACAAAUGUAGCUCAUUGUAUGUAACUGACAAAUGUAGCUCAUUUCACUCGUAAUAAAACAAAGAAUCUUCUUUUUUGCUUCUUUUAAAAAAAAUUUUUUUUAAUUCUAUAAAUCCAUUAAUUAAAUUUAUUAUUUUAAUGAUUUAAAUGUUUAAAAUGUGCUGUCCUGUAUGGGAUGGUGCAUAUAAAAGAUACCUUGCUAC